AUGUCUAAACACUUGGUGGCCUUGACAGUGACCACCCUUCUUGGUGUGGCUGUCGGGGGAUUUGUCCUAUGGAAGGGCUUCAAGCGCCGGAGGAGUAAAUCGAGCCCGGUGACCCGGCAGCGCCUGUUGCAGCAGCAGCAGCAGCAAGUGCCAGGUGGGAGAGAGCUGCCCGCUCCAGGAGAGGACCAGCUGCACUCCGUUGCCCCCAGAGCCUCAUGGGAAGAGAGGAUCCUCGGAGCGCAGGUGAUGACUGUGUCUCAGGAGGCGGAGUGGGAUCAAAUUGAGCCCUUGCUUAGGAGUGAGCUGGAAGAUUUUCCAGUGCUUGGAAUCGACUGUGAGUGGGUGAAUUUGGAAGGCAAAGCCAGUCCUCUCUCACUCCUUCAGAUGGCCUCUCCAAGUGGCUUCUGUGUCUUGGUUCGCUUGCCCAAGCUGAUCUGUGGAGGAAAAACACUACCAAAAACAUUAUUGGACAUUUUGGCAGACGGCACAAUUUUAAAAGUCGGAGUAGGAUGUUCAGAAGAUGCCAGCAAGCUUUUGCAGGAUUAUGGCCUCGUCGUUAAGGGGUGCCUGGACCUCCGAUACCUAGCCGUGAGGCAGAGAAACAAUUUGCUGUCUAAUGGGCUUAGCCUGAAAUCACUCUCUGAGACUGUUUUGAACUUUCCUCUUGACAAGUCCCUUCUGCUUCGCUGCAGCAACUGGGAUGCUGAGAAUCUUACUGAGGACCAGGUAAUUUAUGCUGCCAGGGAUGCCCAGAUUUCAGUGGCUCUCUUUCUCCAUCUUCUUGGAUACCCUUUCUCUAGGAAUUCGACUCUAGAAGAAAAUGAUGACCACAUUGUCUGGAGAAAAAUCUUAGAGAAAUGUCAGGAUGUGGUAGAUAUCCCAUUCCGAAGCAAAGGGCUUAGCCGAUCAGGAGAAGAGGUUAAUGGGGAAGCAACAGAAUCUCAGCAGAAAAUAAGAAAUAAGAAGUCGAAAGCUGAUGGAACGAUGCCAGGCAACCACCAAGGGAGAGACCCCAGAAAACAUAAAAGAAAGCCCCUGGGAGUGGGCUAUUCUGCCAGAAAAUCACCUCUCUACGAUAACUGCUUCCUCCACGCUCCUGACGGACAGCCCCUCUGCACUUGUGAUCGAAGAAAAGCUCAGUGGUACCUGGACAAAGGCAUCGGAGAGCUGGUGAGUGAAGAGCCUUUUGUGGUCAAGCUGCAGUUUGAACCUGCGGGCAGACCCGAAUCCCCGGGAGACUACUACUUGAUGGUUAAAGAGAACCUGUGUGUAGUGUGUGGCAAGAAAGACUCUUACAUUCGGAAGAACGUGAUCCCACACGAGUACCGGAAGCACUUCCCCAUCGAGAUGAAGGACCACAACUCCCACGAUGUGCUGCUGCUCUGCACCUCCUGCCACGCCAUCUCCAACUACUACGACAACCACCUGAAGCAGCAGCUGGCCAGGGAGUUCCAGGCCCCCAUUGGCUCCGAGGAGGGCUUGCGCCUCUUGGAGGAUCCUGAGCGCCGGCUGGUGCGCUCGGGCGCCAGGGCCCUGCUCAACGCCGAGAGCCUGCCUGCGCAGCGGAAGGAGGAGCUGCUGCAGGCGCUGCGGGAGUUUUAUCGCACAGACGCGGUCACGGAGGAGAUGCUUCAGGAGGCAGCCAGCCUGGAGACCAGGAUUUCCAAUGAAAACUACGUUCCUCACGGGCUGAAGGUGGUGCAGCGCCACACCCAGGGCGGGCUGCGCUCCCUCAUGCAGCUGGAGAGCCGCUGGCGGCAGCACUUCCUGGACUCCAUGCAGCCCAGGCACCUACCCCAGCAGUGGUCGGUGGACCACAACCAUCAGAAGCUGCUCCGGAAAUACGGGGAGGACCUUCCCAUCAAGCUGUCGUGA